AUGCAGCCCGCGUUGCACGUACGUCGCAGCUGGGACGACGUGUCUGGAUUUGCGUGCGAUGAUUCGUCACCGACAUCUGACCAGCGUGAUGAAGCUGCAGCAGAGGGGGCGACUGGCGACUCGUUCGCCUGCGGCACCAGGCUUCCUCAUCACAGCGGCUACCGCACCUUCUCAGAGGUGUUUUCGCAGGCUCCGUGGCUCCAGGAUCCCCACUACACAGACCACGUGGAGGCGCUCGGCUCCGUCCAGCAGCGGGCGCGUUCGUACCCGCUUUUAGACGAGUCUGUGCGGCCGACAGACGCCCUGCCUGCCUUCGUCCUCGGCUCAACUCCGCGUGCGCUGUACCACGGCGCGAGUGGGAAGCAACUCGAAACAGUGGGAACGGCGACUUCCUUCUCCGCCGCUGAGUAUUCCGGUCGGUUUCGUGCAGGGCGGGGGGGGAGUGAAGACCUCGAAGCUGUCGUCGCCCCUGACGCGGCUGGCGGAUGUGGCGGAGAUCCUCUCCUGCGUGCGGAGAGUGGGCGCUGCCGCGCGGAGAAGAAGCAGGGAGCUUCGGGCUUCGCCUUCUUGCCUUCUUCGUUGCCCAGCAGACAGUUGGUUCGUCUUGGGACGAACGCUUCCGUCACCCCGGCUGUGGAGUUUCGUUCCGCAGGGGCACGGCCGGAUGCGCCUUUCGGCUCGUGCGUGUUCACAGAGAAGAACGAUCUCCUCAGCAUGUUUGAACUUGGUCAAGGCGUUUGCCAUAUUUCGUCUUGCUCUCGCGAACACUCCCAGUCCCCGUCGUUUGUCUACGAUUUCGAAAACGCGUCGACUCCCUUCCUCACGGUGCCGGGCAAAUCCGGGCUCGAAUGGAGCGAGAAGGUGGAAGGACACCAAGCACCACGCGAGGGAAAAGCUGUCGACUUCUCUGAUGGCGACUUGCACGAAGAGCCGGCAGCUGGGCAGCGGGGAGGUCAGGAGCCCGCGCGCGAGUUUCCCGAGCUCUGUCUGUGUGCCAAAGCUGCACUGCCUCCCACGUGUCCCCGGCCUUCGCCGUGCGACGCCAUUGCUGCCGCGAGUCAUUCAGCACUCGACAAGAAUCCGCCUUUCCAUCCACCAAACGCUGUGUCUAGGCAGGCGCUCGGGCACACAGGUUUCGAUUUGACGGCAGGCAACACGCUUGUCUCUUUGCCCCGCGCUUCCGCGUCCAUUCCGUCCAUCGACAACACAACAUGUUGUACAGAGUUAUAUGCGUCUUCGCGAAGCAGCCCUGCAUCAAGCAAGCGAACUGUGAAGCCGCUGGGGCUGCCGGGGGAGCCCGUGGUGCUAGAGAUCCGCGCGAAAACGUACAAUGACGUGCCCGGUAUUUCGGCGUCAGCAGCCCUUCAACACGACCAAAGUCCCUACAGUGCCCCGUCGGGUGUUCACGACACUGCGAGCGAGGCAAUUGAGGAGGGGGCGCCUGGGACGCCAUCAGGACUAUCCUGCGGUGCCAGCUAUCGACGUGCAGGGUCGGAAGGCUGUUGUCGCCCUUGGCUCUCGUCUGCGAAGUGGUUACGCGGACGCUUCCCCCGCGACUGCCACUGGGCACGCUGCUCCCUACCCUUUUUGAUUCAUCCCUGGCGCCAGGUCUCAAGAGAAGGGAGACUGGGUGUGUGUGGAAAGCUCGAGAGUCUUCCGCCGCUUUCCGCUGUUGAUACGCAAGAGCUCGAUGACGGCGUGACGCUUUUCCCCUCAGUUCCAACUAUUGCGUCAUGCUCCACCCGCACGCUUGGCUCCGGCGAAGCCGAUGGAGCCUCAGCAGAUUACGACUCGAUCGAGGCAGAGUUAGGGCGCGACGUGCCGAACAGAUCGGCUUCCGGCUCCUUCGUAUUCCCCGCAGCUGCCGCGGCAGAGGAUUGCUGUCAGCCGUGCGCUGACUCGGCCGGGAGACUGGGCACUUUCAGCACUCCCACAUUUCUCCCACUUGCCGCUGUACACGGGAACGCGGAGCCCGGGGUUUCUUUCUCUGAGGGGCGCUCCGCUCUCGCGGUACGCAUCGGGGGGGCAGGCCCAGACAGCGGUGGGCCUGUCGCCUCCAACACUGGCGGCGCGUUUGCACCUGCGAGGGGGAAGGGCAGCAGAUCUCCGCUGACGGCGGCUGCAUCGCCUGGACUGCAAACUCAUGAGUCAACGAGCCGGCUGCCCCGUUUCGCGGAAGCCGCAGAGGAGCAUUCCUUCCCAUACAGAGCACCAGACAGCCCUGAGCAUCGCAUCGCAGGUCCGCGGGCCUUGCCCGCAUCCAGCGCUGGCGAGGAGGCGGCGAGCGCUAGGCGGGACAGCGCAGAUGUGGUGACGGGACGCGUUGUCAAGAGGGACGUUGGCAGAGAGGAAAGAAGGUCGAAUUUUCUUGUGAAGAGGAAUGCCGGCAGCCCACACCGACUGGCCAGGGACGUGAAGGUCAAUCGGCUGCCGCUUUCGGACCACACUGAAUCCGUCCCGGAACGAACGUCAUCCACGUGCCUCUUCACCUGUCCGGCAACCUCGGCUGCAAGCACCCCCCGUUCGCUGUCACGCAUGCCGGGGAAGGAGGGUCAGAGAGCUGUGCCAAAGCUUGCACUUCCCACUGCUCGCCCGGCGACCCGCAGAGAGCGUGAGGCCAGGAAGCUGCCACCCUCGCAACCAGAAAGGGACGCGUCUGCGAAGCGAUUCCCAGGCGGCCCGAUUCGUCGUUACAUCUCUCAUUUUUUGGAAAUGUGGGGCGGAGACGACUGGGGGUCUUCGUAUUCGGACACCCAGCUCGAAGAGCUGGGGCAUCAAAGAGACGCGGCUCGCAGCAACUUUGACGCCGUUUCCCAGGCGCACUCCAGGGGCCAGUGGGAGGACACAGGGAGCGGCAAGACGGACUCUGCGCAGGGCGGAGACAGCGGCUUCCCCGGCCGGAGGGUCCGGGCGUCGUCUGUCGACGACUAUUUCCUGCAGAGGAAACUGGCUUCGCGGGAAGCGAAGAUAGGGGAGAUCGAACUUGAAGCGCCACACCCCAGCCUCGAACACAGCAGAGGCAGCGUCGCGGCUCUGCACCAUCUUGGCCAGGAGGGCGAGGUGGACGAGUUGGACGAGGAAGGCGAACUGGAGGAAGCGAAGCGCGACCGCGAAGACCAGCACAGGACCGCCCUUCUCAGGGAGCAAGGCGGAGCUCGAAGAAGGAUCACGCUGGUGACGGAGCGACAUCGCCUAGCGUCUGGCAGCGAGAUGCUCGGCGGAGAUAACGCGAGCGGCGGAGGCGAUGCUCUCCCGGCGGCCGGUCACGCUCACUCCCGGACCAGGAAGGGCAUAUCGAGGAGAGAACGGGCGCAUGGGAGAGACAUCAAAACAAAAGCCCCCCCGCCUCGAUCCCAAAAAUGGAGAGUCUACGACGAAGACAGCAGAGCCGCGUGGCGAAAAGGCGUGACUUCGCCUCUCCUUUUUGAAGACAAGGCCGAAGAGGAGGCGUAUCGCCUGUACCUCAACCGCCUCUUUCCGUUCCGCCUGAUUGUUGUCGGACUCGUCCUCAUUCUUGUCGAGAUCUUGCAAGUUUCCUGGAGAGUCGUCGAACGAAGCUUUGUCGUAGAUCAUCAUGGCCAGUACGACUUCUACGGGCUUGUCAAAUUCGACAGCCUCUUUACGAUUACCUCCAUCUCCCUCGGUGUCCACGUCGUCGUCUACGGCCUGCUCGCUGCGGGGGGCCGCAUCCCGGGUGUAAAAAAUCGUCUCGAAAGCUGGUCUUUCGCGAUGAUUGUCCUGGCGCUAUCGGUCCGCGUUUGCGGGAUGAUCUGUGUCGCGUUCAUCGGCUUGGGGCCUGUAUACGCCAUUGGCUACUCCUCCCCAGAUUCGUCGAACCGAGGGGUUCCCCUUGUGUCCGAGGCGCAAGCACUCUCGGCUGAGCUCGUGCUUGUAUCGCUGUGCUGCCUCUUUCACAUCAUUGUGGUUGACAUGAUGCUUCCCGUCAGAACGCUGCUGGCUUUGCCCAUGCAUACGAUUCACAUCAUCGGCAGCAUCGGCUGCUGCAUUCUCGCCAUCUGCCUCCACCCCCGAGUGAUCACCUACAACGGGCCGAUCUGCGCGGUGAGCACCUGCGUGUUUAUCGUAUGCGGCUACCUCGGACGCGCUCAGAUGGAAGUCGCCCACCGUCAGCUCUACGCGAGAUGGAAGCGGAGCGUCGAACGCCUGCGGGCUGCCGAAGAAAAGCUGUACUCCCACGACACGUCAAAGACUGGCAUUGAGCAGCUGGCGAUGCUCGUCCGCCACUCGCAGGUCCUCUUGCGCCAUGCCUGCUUCAGCGGCACCAGCCGGCUGCAGAAACAGGUCGCGCUGGAGCAAGUGGCAGACAUCCAGGCACAAGUUCUGGACAUUGUGACGAACGUGAACAACGUGUAUCACGCGCAAAUGAAUAACGAGGAGAUGUCGGAACUUCUUCGAUUCGUGCCUGAGGGCCAAGAGGAGACGCAGAGACCCGUGCUGGGCGACUGGCAAGGACGCAGCGCUUCUUUCGGGGGCUGCGGCCGGCUCGCGCCAGACCCAGGGGCACCCGCUGCGGGCGCGGGGCCUCUGACUGCGCCGCCUCCCAAGCAGAAAGCGACCGCGUUUGCAGAGCGCCAGUGCCCUGGAGCCGGCGGGUGUGCGCCCUGGGCGGCGCUGCCGGAAGCGUUGUCGGCGUUCGCGGCCGCCGCGGGGAACGCCCGCCUCCCGCCCAGGUUGCUGGAUUCUUCGUGCGGCGUGAAGGCGGAGGGAGGCGCGCGGAUGGGAAAGGCGUUCGACAGGAUCACGAGAAGACCGCCAGAGCUUCAAGCGGCACAUGACGGAGAGGUGACAAGCAGCACCGAAUCCGCACAAGAGAAACUGAGGCAUUCGCGCUCGGAAGAAGACUGCACCACCGAGUCUGAUGCCUCUGUGGCGCCGCUGCAAGAGUUCGUCCCCGACCUACCUGCACACAUGCGCGCAGCCGUAGGAACCGACUGGCAACUUGACUUCUUCGAGCUGAACGAGUUGGUGAACAACAACGCCCUGGUGGUGACCGGCCAGGUGCAGCUUCUCCCUCUCCUCCGGUCAGAGGGACUUCGCUGCAGUCCGCACGUCCUCCGGUGUUACCUCCGGUGUCUGCAGCAGCAGUAUCACCCGAACAAUCCGUACCACAACCAGCUGCACGCCGCGAUGGUGUCGCACUUCUGUCUGCUCAUUGUCAACGAAGUCUUGCCGUCCAAGCAAGCACUCAACUACGCCGAUGAGGUCUGUCUGGUGCUCGCGGCUGUGGCGCACGACGUCGGCCAUCCAGGGUUGAACAACCAGUAUCUGAUAAGCUCGCAGUCGCUGCUGGCGACGACGUACAACGACAUCGCAGUGCUCGAGAAUUACCACGCUGCGUGCUGCUUCCGGACGGCGGGCAUCGACGAACAGCACAACAUCUUUAGAGGCCUCGCCAAGGACGUCUACCGCUACAUGCGGCAAAACAUCAUCGCCCUUAUCCUCUCUACCGACAUGAGCAAACACAUUUCCUACGUCAGCAGACUGAAGGUCCGUUCGGAAUCUGGUAACUUUGAUUUGAACACCGGUGGCGACCGAUGGCUGUUGUUCCAGACAUGCCUGAAGGCCGCAGACCUGUCACACAGCGCAACAGGAUGGAAACAGCACAAGCAGUGGUCGGAAGGCCUGCGCGAGGAGUUCUUCAUGCAGGGUGACGAGGAGCGCCGACAGGGGAUGAGUGUGAUGGAAAUUUUUGACCGACGCCAGCAAGGCAGAUUCCCGCAGUCGCAGUACCGCUUCAUCGAGUUGGUAGUGGAGCCCCUGUUCCAUGGCAUACGCAGCGUCGAGGAUCUGCUGAAGGGCCGCGGAGGCAUGCGCAACACGAUUUGCAAAGCUCUGGAAGACAACAAGCGGCGCUGGAAGGAGGCGAGUGAGGCGGCGGAAAGGGCCGCCGGCGCCGGUGCAAGCAAAUGCCACACCCCGCGGAAGGAAGACGCCGUGGCGGAGUUGGGGAGGUGUGCGGAGGCACGAAACGCGGUAGGAUGGGGGGUGGGAGCCGUUGGUGUCGCCAUUCGGGCGAUCGCUGACCGUGGACGCGAUAGCGUCCCAUGCAAGCAUGACAAUGACCAAGACAGAAGGGCGGGCGCCGACGCGGCUGCAGGCGAAGAACCUGAGCCACGCGGGAGCCGAAGGGAAGUGUGA